UCUGCCGCUAUCAUGGUGCCCGAAGCCAAGUCACAGAGCAGGAACUUGCCAUGGGUUGAAAAGUACCGUCCACAAACUCUUGACGAUUUGAUCUCGCAUCAAGAUAUCUUAAACACAAUUCAGAGGUUUAUCAGCGAAGACAAACUACCUCAUCUGUUACUCUAUGGACCACCGGGGACAGGCAAAACUUCCACAAUUCUAGCCUGUGCAAAACAACUUUACAAAGAGAAGGAGUUUAACUCUAUGGUUUUGGAGUUAAACGCAUCAGAUGACCGUGGUAUAGAUACUGUGAGAGGUCCGAUAUUAAGCUUUGCCAGCACUAGAACCAUAUUUAAAAAAGGCUUCAAGCUUGUGAUCUUGGAUGAAGCAGAUGCAAUGACUCAGGAUGCGCAGAACGCUCUAAGACGAGUGAUUGAAAAAUUCACUGAGAACACACGUUUCUGUAUGAUUUGUAAUUAUCUGUCGAAGAUCAUUCCCGCUCUGCAGUCCAGGUGCACACGCUUCCGCUUUGGUCCCUUAAGCUCAGAGAUGAUGAUCCCCAGACUGGAGCAUGUAGUGCAACAGGAGAAUGUGGACAUAAGCCCAGAUGGAAUGAAGGCCUUAGUGACCCUUUCCAAUGGGGACAUGCGCAGAGCACUGAAUAUAUUGCAGAGUACAAAUAUGGCCUAUGGAAAUGUGACUGAAGAUACAGUAUAUACCUGCACUGGGCAUCCCUUGAGAUCGGACAUAGCCAACAUUCUGGACUGGAUGCUCAACAAGGACUUCACCACAGCCUAUAAACAUAUCAUGGAAUUAAAGACACUAAAGGGUCUGGCUCUUCAUGACAUCCUGACAGAAGUUCAUCUAUAUGUCCAUCGAGUGGAUUUUCCACCAUCUGUUCGAAUACAUUUGUUGACGAAGAUGGCAGAUAUAGAAUACAGACUGGCUUCUGGUACCAGUGAGAAGAUACAGCUGAGCUCCUUAAUAGCUGCAUUCCAGGUCACACGAGACUUGAUUGUAGCUGAAGCUUAGAGUGGGAAGGAGCAACUUGAGAAAUGAGGUCAAGGUUACACAAGGACACAACAAGAAGCUUUUUUUCACAAUUGUGUAUACAUAGUGGAACAAAACCGUGUAUUUAAAGAACGUCGGAGACUAGAAGUUUUGGAGAUGCCAAAACAUUUUCACACAGGAGUGUGGAUGUUAUGUUCUUCGCUAAGAACAGAAAACGUUACUUUUAUCAUAAUGCUUUUUCAAUGUGCUGUAAAACUAGAGUGAAAUGGCUACUGUCC